AUGCUCACUAACCCUCAAUGCACGCCAAAGGAAUGGAUAAUCAUAUUAGUAUUGGGCCUUUACUUCAUCUUGGGAUUUUUGAUAAUGAUUUGUAGAAUUUUAAAAUUUGGCCUGGGAGGGAUGCUUUGCAUUAUGCGACACAAAUGGAGGCUUUGUAAAAUUAUCGGAAAACUUUUUAGGCGCAGAGUCAGAAAAGAAAAAUCAGAAUUUACAGAAUUUAAGCCCUUAACUAAAACUUACAAAACCAACCUCCCAAAAGAAGUAAUAUUGAUAACUUUACUCUUACUUACUCUGCCAAUCCAAAGCCUAGAAAUAAUCAACGCCAAGGAUGAACAUUAUAUUGUAAAUAAAGAAGGGCAACGCACAUGUUCAUAUGAAAACGUGUUGGAGCUCAACUUUGGUUUACAAUCUCAAAAUGGCCAAGAAGCGCAAAUUAUUUUACAGGAUUCCGGAAAUCGACCCACGGGGAAAAUUACUCUAAAAAUAAAUGCCAUACAAGCUGUUUGCGUUCGAUCAGCUAAAUUCUUCACAAGGGAUUUUGAAUUAGGGGCAAACUCAGUUUAUCUAUGUAGUGGAGAAGGAUCUUGUGCCUCUCAGCAAAAAUGUGAAACUCUUGGGGUAAACGAGAGCAUAAGUGAAAUUCCUAAAUCAAACCACUUACCCGGCACUUCUGGAUGUCUCGAUCCUUGUAAAGGACAACUUUUUUGCCAAAAUUGCUAUUAUUCUAGUUACACAUGCCUAUUUUUCAGAUGUUUCGCAGAACCCAAAUCAAAAGAAAUAUAUGAAAUUUUUGAGUGUCCUGAAUUUGGCUUAGAGCUUAAAUUAAACAUAACUAUUGAAAAUGCCGAACAAAAGUUUGAAAAAGAAAUGAGAUUACGCCCGGGGUUCACAGAAAAUUUUAAGGAGAUUAAACUUACCGCCACCUCAAUGACUGUUCCUCCUAUACCAGCAUUAGGGCGUUCAAUACUAACAGAUGGUAAUCGAUUUGCCAUAAUUACCAAAGAACAAGAAAAUUCCGCAAAAAGAGUCUUUUGCCCGAAUAUUAAUGAAGCAGCCAAAUUUAGCUCAAAAUGUAUAAUGAAAAAGGAAAUUUGCAAAUGUGAAAAAAGGAAAAAUAAAAUAAUGUGUGGGAAGCAAAACGGGCCUUAUUUGAAAGAUAUUUUUAUGGGAGAAAAGGUUUUACCCUUGGUACACAAUGGACUCCUUUUAAAAAAUGAAAAUAAAGAAAUAGUGGCAAUUCCGGAACUUACGGCGGCCAUUCUCCAGAUUAGAUUAGCGGGUGUUAGCUUCAAAGCCCAAAUAGAAUUAAAUACUUGUAAAAUAACCCCAUAUGAGAUUUUAGGCUGUUAUGGAUGUGAAAAAGGGGCCACCUUUAAGUUACUAUGUCUUACAGAUUUCGGGCGGACAUUAGCCACUUUAAUAUGCCCUUCUUUUACCAGUGCCGUCACGUGCGAGCCAACAGCCAACAACAAAACACUCUCUCUACAUUUUGACCAUGCUGAUAUUGAUGAGAACUGUGAGGCCUUUUGCCCAGCUUCGACUACACGAUUUAAAAUUUUUGGAAAACUUUCCUCUCCAGAACUUGUUAUUUUUGAUUCUAGAAAUUGGGAUUGGACCGGAAGAAAAGACAUUACCCCGAAAAUUGAUUGGCUAUCAAUUAUUAAAAAUUUUGUUUUUAAUGCACACUUCCCCACCCUCAUUCUCUCUCUUUCUAUUGGCGGCAUCCUAAUCUACUUUUUGGCACCUUUUCUUCUAACACUUCUUUUUGCCAUCUUCUCUUUCCUAAUUAAACUUCUUUGUCUCCGGAGUGUCGGCAACAGCCGAAAAUGAUAUUUUAAUUUUAAAUUUCAAAAUAAAUUUCUUCAUUUU